AUGAAACGGAGUUUAAGCACGAGUGACGACGACGAUGAUGUCUUUGACGAAAGACUUAAGUCUGGGUCGCCGUCCCAGAGCUGCCAGAUCACGGACCGAAAGAAGAGACGCGGGGUUAUCGAGAAGCGGCGGCGUGACCGGAUUAACAACAGCCUCUCGGAGCUGCGCCGCCUUGUUCCAUCCGCCUUUGAGAAACAGGGGUCCGCUAAACUCGAGAAAGCCGAGAUACUCCAAAUGACAGUCGACCAUUUAAAGAUGCUUCAUUCGAAAGGUGUGAACGGGUACAACUUCCCUGACCCUCAUAACCUUGCAUUAGACUACCGGGGUAUCGGUUUCCGGGAGUGUCUCGCGGAAGUGGCGCGCUACCUGAUGACGGUGGAGGGGAUGGACCUCCAGGACCCGCUCCGGCUCCGCCUCCUCUCCCAUCUCCAGUGUUUCGCAACCCAGCGAAUCUCCUCCGUCAAGUCUUCAUUCCAGAAUUCCACUUGGAACUCCCUUAAUUCCAUGUCUUCACAUUCCGCGAUGAAUUCGCUCAGUUCUAAUCAAUAUAACGGCAAUAUGGCGUCAACGAUGACGUCAAUGCUUCAGUCUCAACAUUCCAGCCAAUCAGACCAGCACGCAAUGUCUUCCCAUGAUUCCUUACCCGGUGUUGCCUCGGUUUCAUUCAGUGACGCAAGAAUAAGCCAAUCAGACAAUUCGUUACAUAAUCCUAUGAGGAUUCCACUGCAGCCUCCACCAAUGGGAUCACACAGUAAUAUGACGUCAAACACAGGUCAAUCCUCAUUGCUCAACCAGCAGAUUUCCCAGUUUCCAAUGCUAAACAUGAACGCUAUGAUGUCACCAAACACUGCCCAGUCGUAUAACGCGGCGGCGGGAAAUUUGAACCAGCUUGGUUCAGUGAAACCUUACAGACCUUGGGGCUCGGAAAUAGCCUACUGACUAUAAGGCUAGAAAAAUAUCUUAGAUCUCAUCCCCGUUAACUCCGCACCAACGGAGUUGGUGAUUAUUUUAUAAAAUUCGGUUUGGGCGAGAAAUGGUCGACACUCGAUCGCACAUGCUUAUUUCUGACUUGGAAUAGAUAAGAAAUGACUCCAACCACCAGUCCCCAUGUUUUUAACCGUAAAAAAUCGGAUGAGAUUCUAACGAUUAUUUUUCACUGGCCUUCACUAGUGUAAAUAUGUGAUAUAUAUAUGUAUGUGUCGAGUGUGCUCAAGUGGUUUUACAACGAAACUAGUGUCUGCAAAAUAAAUUAAUUGUAUGUCGGCUAUCAUCCGGAAAUCUAAACAAGGAAUGAAGUUUUCCAUUGAGUGCUGAUUGUUUUCCAAUAUUGACAAAUAUUUUUGCCAUGAUAUAUAAUUGUAAUUUAUUAUUAUGACCAUUCCGUCAUUGCUUGCGUUUUGUGCAAUAUUUUAGUAAAGUAAGGGAAGCAACUCUUAUACAUUAUGCAAAUCUUGUAAAACUUGAAUGACACAGUUGUGUCCCUUGGACUUGAAUUAUUUUGGUGCAUUUGUUUUGUAUUCUAGUCUUUUUCUUCUGUUUGUAUAUAUAUGUACAUUUUGUUGAUUAUUUUACGCAUAACGUAGUGCAAUGUAUAGUUAACAUUGCAUUAUCGAUUAUAAAAAUAACUUGGAGAUUCAUGCAUGAAAUUAAUAAUUUACAUUUAUAUUGAAAUUUUUGAUACUAGGCUAUUGUAUUUUUGGUAUCAAAGCUACAUCCAAGUCCACUGUUAUAUUGUAAAC